GACAGUGAGAGAAAACGGCCCGGUCUCAGGGACGGGAAUGGCGGCGGUCCCGCGGCUGUGGCCGCUGCUCUGGCUGCUGCUGCUGGCCGCGGCUUUCGCUGCCCCCGAGCAAGAAGGCGGCCGCGAGCGAGACUUCCCACCUCACCAGGAGCAGCAGAAGCCGCCGCCGCCGCCGCACCAGCAGCCCGGGCUGCAAGGGCCGGAGCCGCCCCGGGUUGAGAAAGGACCUACCCUUGUUGUUCCCGUCCAUUCUAUGAGUGGAGAUUCUUCAGAUAAAACUAACCUGGGAUUUAUCCAUGCAUUUGUGGCUGCAAUUUCUGUCAUCAUUGUUUCAGAAUUGGGCGAUAAAACCUUCUUCAUUGCUGCUAUUAUGGCAAUGCGUUACAAUCGCUUAACAGUGUUGGCUGGUGCAAUGUUGGCCUUAGGGCUGAUGACGUGUCUCUCUGUUUUAUUUGGGUAUGCUACCACCGUAAUUCCCAGAAUAUAUACCUACUAUGUGUCAACAGCACUCUUUGCAAUUUUUGGUAUCCGAAUGCUUCGAGAAGGCUUGAAGAUGAGCGCAGAUGAAGGUCAGGAAGAAUUAGAGGAAGUACAAGCAGAACUCAAAAAGAAAGAUGAAGAACUCCAGAGAAUGAAACUCUUAAAUGGGCCCGGAGAUAUGGAAGCGGGUACGGGCCCUGUAAUACCUCAGAGGAAAUGUCUGCAUUUUAUUUCUCCAAUUUUUGUGCAAGCAUUCACUUUAACAUUCCUAGCUGAAUGGGGUGACCGCUCCCAGUUGACCACCAUUGUUCUGGCAGCAAGAGAGAACCCCUACGGUGUGGCGGUGGGUGGAACAGUUGGUCAUAGUUUGUGUACUGGCUUAGCAGUGAUUGGAGGAAGAAUGAUAGCACAAAAAAUCUCGGUUCGAACUGUGACAAUCAUAGGAGGCAUUGUUUUCUUAGCAUUUGCAUUCUCUGCAUUAUUUAUAAGCCCAGAUGUUGGAUUUUAGCAGGAAUAUUUUUUUCCCCCUUUUCCUUGAAAUACAAGAAUUAGAGCCAGUGACUGCCAUUUGGCUCCCUGUAUAUAAUGUACAGCUACUUAUUCAAACAAGCACUGAAGGUGGGAUGCUGUAAUUUUUAUAGUAACGAUUAGUUUGGUAUGUUUUGUAGAUACAGAGCUCUGCUGGACAAUAACAUGAUCUAUAUAUUUGGGAUAUGAAUAAUGUACAUUUGGCUUACUAUACCGGCUCAGAUAAACCGAAGUUCAGCUCCUGAAAUUUUAUUUUAGUUAUUUUGCUGGCAGAUGUCCCAAAAAAACCCCACUGCUUGACAGCCCCCUUUGAUUUUAUUUCUCAAGUACGUGGUUCCACAGUCAGAAAGGAAGAGCUAUGCCAACAAUUAAGUCAUCUCCUCAAGACAAUGGACGUGUGGACUUGUGGAAAAAUCAGGAUACUUUGAUAGAGAACGUGCUAAUUCAGAAACGGUCUCAAAAUACACAAUCCAUCUAGAUAUUUACAGAUCAAUUUUUGUAUUUUACUGAACAUUUGAUGCAUUUUCAGAUUAAAAUAUUCUUAAAAACGAUCAUUGUUUUUUUUUAGUAAAUAUAAUAAUAUGGGAGAACGUGGAUAACAACUAGGCGUCUCCUAUGAUAGAAUUGUAAUUAAAAUGAGUUCUGGUUUCAUUCAGAGGAAAAUAAUGUGUAUUGUCCAAUAUUUUAUAUUUUUAGUGGUUGUACCCAUUUCUUUUUACUCCAGUACCUUUGAUGGACAAAUAUUUCAUGAUUGCUGGUGUUUUUAAUUUUGAAUCAUGCUGCUUGUCAGUUAUUGAAAGCAAUAAUUUGACAUUGAUUCAGUUCACAUGCAUUGUUCUAAGCUGUGCCAUGAUUUUGCUUUAGAACCCUGCGUGGACUCAGCCAUUUGGUACAUAAGCCCUGGUCUUUUAACUUGGUGUUAUGCAAACCCAGUUAGAUGUAAUAUUUAACAAUUUGUUGGCUUAAUGUAAAUAGUGGAUCUAGCCAUAGUAUCUCAGAUGUUAUCCUGCUAAAUGUGUUUUACAUAAAGUAUGGCAUUGCAGCAAUAUGAAGCAACCCCUUUCCAAAUUAAAGCUUUAUUCCUAGUCAAACUAAUACUGCAAUAUGAAGGCUGAGAUAAGUUUGAUCAAGUGGGAGAGGUCCAAACUACCUCUCCUUUUUGCCCUAUGAUGUUGGUUUUUUUUUUUACUAUGAUCUAGAAAUUCAGAAGCCAUCCAAAGGAACCUGGGGUCCAAAGCAUUUCCCCUGUUUAUAUUAUGCGCCUGGUCUAGGAGAGAAUUUACAUCAAGCUAUUUGCUGGUCUGAACCAAUAUCUCUUCCCAUUUCUUGGAAUGAAAUUAGAUUCUUGAAAAUAGCGAAUUCAGUGAAUGCUAUUCAUAUUUUUGGGUCUCUCAGCAGGAUUUUGGAUUUGCCAAUUGCUGUCACUGAGCUAUAUAGUUGUCCAUUUUGUAACCAAAAGGGGGGGAAAAAAAAGAAAGAAUCCAGUUUGUAAAAGAUGGGUAUCACGCUGGAAAGAUUGCUUUAAAAUAAACGCUUUUGUAAAGAC